UGCAGAGUAAACAUCUCCUCUCUGUUUCAAACAGGGAGAAGAGGAGCAGCCAUGACUGUGAGAGCAGCAGUGACUGGACUGGUUAUCAUCCUUCUCUCUGUGCCAGUGGUCCACAGUCAGGAUGGCUGGGCUGUGACUCUCCCCUCUCCUCAGAUCUGUGCAGUGAAAGGAUCAACAGUGGACCUACCCUGCAGCUUCACAUAUCCAGAAACAAUAGAGGGGCAGUCCACUAUUGUAGAGAGCAGAAAGUGGUUCACAGACAGAGGUUAUCCUAACCCUGACCUGAAAUCAGACCCAGCCUACUCAGGUCGUGUGCAGUAUCCUCCUACUGGGAAUGACUGCACUCUGAGAAUCACAGACCUGCAGGAGAGAGAUGCAGCUGAGUACUGGUUCAGAUUUGAGACCAACCAACCAGGUGGAGGAGCUACUUCUUCAUCUGGGGUCACUUUGUCUGUCACAGACCUUCAGGUCAAAGUGAAAAGAUUACAGAACCAGUUUGAGCUGAAGUGCCAGAGCAGCUGUGAUGUGGCUGAUAAUCCUUCAUAUGUCUGGUACCAAAACCAAUGGAAAAUAAAUGAAUGGACAUCCACUUUAGGAGUCUCUUUCCAAGAUAUCAACAAGUAUUCCUGUGCAUUUAGAGGACGAGAGGAGUACCGCUCUCCAGAAGUGUAUGCUCCAACAUCUUGUUCAGUGUUGCUGAGUCCCACUGGUGAAAUCAGGGAGAACAGUGGAGUGACUCUGACCUGUAGCAGUGAUGCUAACCCAGCACCUGAGUAUACCUGGUAUAAGCAGAAUGCCAGAGAAGCUCUCAGUAAAACGUCAGAGCUCAUCUUCACUUCCAUUCAGUCCUCUGACUCUGGAUACUACAGCUGUGGAGCAAAGAAUGAGCUGGGGGAGAGGAUGUCUCAGUACGCUCAUGUGGAUGUGAAAUAUGCUCCAAAGCCUCCCUCUGUGUCAGUGAGUCCCUCUGCUGAGAUUAAGGAGGGCGGCUCAGUGACUCUGACCUGCAGCAGUGAUGCUAACCCAGCAGCCACUUAUGCCUGGUACAAAACACCAUAUUCACCACAUCUCAGCACUAAAAACACACUUGACUUCAGCUCCAUCAAGGUCUCUGACUCUGGGCAGUAUUACUGUAUGGCUAAGAACAUCCUGGGGCAGGAAUCUGGAUCUGUUACUGUUGAUGUGAAGUGUAAGUGA